AUGGCCGAGUUAGCGCUCGCAAUCAUCCCUCUCGGUCUCAAGACAUGUGUCGGUCUUGUGAGCUACCUGGGCGGGCUCAAAGAUCACGAUAGUGCUCUUGCUCGACUCAAACGCCUACUGGAGUCUCUAGAAGCCAGUUUCCGCUUACUAGACGGGUUUUUGAAGAGUGAUCAACUGGAUCUCUCCACCUCGAAGGCUGCGACUUAUGCUAUCCGAUGCUUGGCUAAUUGUGAAGACUGUUUGAAGGACCUUAAGGAACUUGGAGACAAGCUUGGCGCAUCCAGCCCGCCCGGACCUACAGUCAAAGACAGAAUGAAGGGCACCUAUCGAAAACUUUCAUAUCCUCCACGGCAGGCUCAACUCACACAAUUGGAAAAUGCUUUGGAUAGUCUUUGCACUCCACUCAACCUGGCUGUCCAAGGCUUGUACCUAGAGCUGCAAGCUGUAGCUUCUAGUGCUAUGACUCUAAACGCUGCAAGCGUUCAGAGAACAGAGCUUGAGGUCUCGACGUUGGCUGCUACAAUAUCCCACCUCACUGGUCCUAUUUCUACCAUUCAACCACAGCUCGCCUUCGUCCAGAGUUCUAUCGACUCCGUGGCUCUUCAGAUUGACUUGAUGAUCAAAUCACAUUUCAAGACGCAGAUGGAUGAGAUCCGAGCAUCUUUCCAACAAGUGGAGUCUGCAGCGUUGCAACGCCAUGUUCAAACUGCUGAGCUCCUGUCCAGACUCAGUAUAGAUGAUCAAAAUCCUACACAAGCUGUUUACAGACUUGCCUUUAGGCCAAGUGCAUUAUACGAGCUAGCUUCCACUGCCUCCGCCUGUUCUUGUAGGGCAAAGCGGCUACGUACACAAAGAACGUGUCGAAUGGGAUCGCUGUCUUUCAAAGAUGAAAUUGUUUCCCACAAAAGUCACUUCAGAGACUGUGAUUUCUACGUCGAAGCCAAUGAUUAUUGGCGAGAAAGAACCUUGAGGUUCACAGGACUCACUGGAUUGAUAGGAAGAGCUGUUGAGUUAACAUUGCGCACAACUAUUGGAGCAGGUGGUUUCAGCAUCAGCCCCUCUAUCAAUUACUUUGCUAUGGUAGAUGAAGGUAACUCUCCAGCUUUUAGAGCCAUCAGCUUGCUGGUUGAAAGCCGCCUUGGAGCCAGAUGGGCAAUGGAAAGUUAUCCGGGACUCUUGUUCGAGUCGAUUAUUCGAAAACUUCGAUCAAUUUUCCGCUCUGGGAGGGCUAGGCCAACCGAUAUUAACUCGAAAGGCCAUUCCUUACUUCAUCACUUGACCUUGACUGUUAGUUCUUAA